AGCAACGACCUUGACCCGCAGGCUUGGGUGACUGUUGGUGUGGCCAAAAAGGUCACUGAACUCAAAGACAGUGUGUCGUACCUCAGAACUGUCCAGCGCAACGUGGAACAACGGCUGGAUGCCCAAGAAUACACCAAUGCUCAGCUGAAGAAGGAGCUCAGUGAUUGGCUGAAGAGAGAGCUCUGGGCCGUCCUGAACUGCAGGGGGCGCUGGAGGCUCUGGAGAAGAGGUUGCUCAGGCAUUUGACUGAAGUAGCACACAAGGAAGGCAGUGACAUGUGGAGGACUGUGGGAGAGAGCCUGCAGAAGGAGGGACUUGGUGCCAUCAUGGUCAAGGAUGUCCAUGAGAUUGUUCAGAGAGCAUUGUGCCUCUAUAAAGCAGAUGGAACUGGCAUGGCUGACUACGCUCUGGAGUCUUUAGGUGCUACUGUGAUUAGGUCCCGUAGCUCAGAAACAUACCGCACCAGGUCUCCGUGUUACAGCCUGUUUGGGAUGCCACUGUGGUAUGCUUCCACGCACUGUUAUACAGCCUGAGAUGCAUCCUGGGAAGUGCUGGGCGUUUAAAGGCAGUGAGGGGUUCCUCACCAUCACCCUGUCCCUCCCCGUGCACAUCACACACGUCACCUUGGAGCACAUCCCCAAGAGCCUCUCCCCCACCGGUCACAUCGACAGCGCCCCGCGAGAGUUCGCCGUUUACGGCCUGAGUGGCUUUGAUGAGCAGGAGGAAGGGAAGUUCCUGGGUAGAUUUACGUAUGACUCUGAUGGCGAGCCCAUCCAGACCUUUGAGCUGCUGGACUCUGUGAAGGAUGUGUAUGGUGCGGCGCAGUUGAGGGUUCUCAGUAACUGGGGUAACCCUGAGUACUCCUGCGUCUACAGAUUCAGGGUUCACGGCCAGCCACACCCCCACUGAGAGACACAACCUCAGCAAAGACUUUAUUUUCAUUACCCUAGUACUUUAUUUUCUAUAAUAAUAAUAUAUUUGCUUUCAAGCUGAAACUAUAUUUCAACUGAUUUAUUUAUGAUUGUUGAUUGCAUGUCAUGUUGAUCGUCAAUGCAGUUCUGUAUCAGGGUACACAGCAUAAAGACACUGGAAAGAAACAAAGAAAAUAUUUUUAUUGUGUAGGCUACAUUUUAAUAUAUUACAAUGUUAUGUGGAGAUUAUGUUUGUAAUGUUAUUUAAUAUGUAUUGUUAAUUAUAUAAUGUCAACAAAUCACUAACAUUUUACUUUACCAUGAUCAUUAGAUCAUAUUCCCAGCUUUAUGAUAAAUGCAGAGACCAAAUUUCCCUCAAGGGAUCAAAAGUAAGUAACCUGAUCAUAUGCAAUAAAUAAGAGUGUGUUUUCUGAUA